GAACACUACGAAGGCCUUCCUCUCUCUUCUUCUCCCUAUGAGUCGACCGUACGACGAUGUUAUCGAUCAACACACCGCUGUUGAACUCGACGUCACGCUACGCUCUCGGUGAGCCAGCCUCAUCAUUCGGAUGAGGCGUAGGAGGAGGACGGGGAGAGGAUGGCCGCCGCCGCCGCUGCCGCAGCAGUCGUUCCAACUACCCCCAUCUAUACAUCCCUCUUCCGCCUGCUCCUCCGGUGCACGGAGCAGAAGAAUGUCGCGCGGGGGAGCACUCUCCACGCCUACGCCCUCAAAUCAGGCUCCUGGGCCGACGUCUUCCUCAGCAACAGCAUUGUGGUCAUGUACGCCAAGUGCGACAAGCUGCCUCGCGCCGCCGCGGCUUUCGAGGACAUGGGCGCCGGCAGAGACGUCGUCUCCUGGAAUUCCCUCAUCAACGCCUACUCGCAGCUUGGCCCUCAUGGCUCCCCUGCCGCCUUUCACCUCUUCAGGAGGAUGAGGGCCGAAGGCGGCGUGCAUGUCCUUCCCAAUUGCUUCACUUUCGCGGGUGUAUUCACGGCCGCCUCCCAUUCGCCCGGCGCGAGCGGGUACGGACGAGAGGCUCAUUGCGUCGCCAUCAAGACGGCGAACUGCGACGAUGUCUUCGUAGGCAGCUCUUUGCUGAACAUGUACUGUAAGCUGGAAUGCAUUACAGACGCACGCAAGGUGUUCGACAGGAUGCCCCAGAAAAAUGCCGUCUCUUGGGCGGCCAUGAUCUCUGGCUACGCGGUCGACAAGGCCGGGUUGGAGGCCUUUGAGCUGUUUAGACUUAUGUUGGAAGCAGGUGAGUGUGGCACCAACGAGUUUGUGUUCACCGGUGUUCUUAGUGCCUUGAGUGCUCCUGGGUUCCUCGAGAUGGGUCAGCAGGUUCAUUGUCUUGCCAUUAGGAACGGUAUAUUGUCCUUUGUCUCGGUUGAGAAUUCUCUUGUCACCAUGUACGCGAAAUGUGAAUGCAUGGAUGAUGCACGACUCAUGUUCGAAUCAUCGGCAGGCAAGAACUCCAUCACAUGGUCUGCGAUGAUCACUGGGUAUGCACAGAAUGGUGCCUCCAGGAAGGCUUUAUCUUUUUUCCUGAAGAUGCAUAUGGCAGGGUUCAUGCCCAGUGAGUUCACGUUUGUUGGGUUCCUCAAUGCUUGCAGUGAUGCAAUGGCCCUAGUUGAAGGGAAACAAGCUCAUGCCUUUUUGCUGAAGGUGGGAUUUGAGCUUCAAGCCUACGUGAAAAGCGCACUGGUUGAUAUGUAUGCUAAAUGCAGUUGUAUUGAUGAUGCCAGAAAAGGAUUUGAUGGGUUGCACGAUGCUGAUGUUGUGCUGUGGACCUCGAUGAUAGGAGGGUAUGUGCAGAAUGGAGAGCAUGAAGAGGCUCUAGCAUUAUAUGGAAGCAUGAGAAAAGAGAGUAUUUUGCCUAGUAAUCUUACUGUGGCUACCGUUCUUAGAGCAUGUGCUAGCCUUGCUGCUCUGAAACAAGGGAAGCAAAUUCAUGCCUGUUCUCUUAAGUAUGGAUUCAGUUUGGGGAUUCCAAUUGGUAGUGCUCUAUCUACCAUGUAUGCAAAAUGUGGUAAUCUUGAAGAUUGCAGCCUUGUCUUCAGAAGAAUGCCUCAGAGGGAUGUUGUUGCAUGGAAUUCAAUUAUAUCAGGAUUUUCUCAAAAUGGACGUGGAAUUGAUGCCUUGAACCUCUUUGAGGAGAUGAAGAAAGAGGGCACAGAACCAGAUCAUGUCACAUUCGUCAACCUCCUCAGUUCCUGCAGUCAUGUUGGGCUAGUUGAAAGAGGUUGGAGUUACUUAAGGUCAAUGCUUAAUGACUACGGACUAGUUCCACUGACAGAGCACUAUGCUUGCAUGGUCGACAUUCUCAGUCGAGCUGGGUUGUUCAAGGAAGCUAAAGACUUCAUAGAAUCAGUUCCAAUCAAUCAUGGAACAUGUCUUUGGCGGAUAGUACUAGGGGCCUGUCACAACUAUCGGAACUUUGAAAUUGGUGCAUAUGCUGGAGAGAGGCUCAUGGAACUUGGCUCACAGGACUCUUCUGCUUAUAUUCUGUUGGCAAAUAUAUAUGCCGCCUGGAGUCGGUGGAAUGAUGUGGAACGAAUUAGAGGAUUGAUGAGGCUCCGAGGAGUAGACAAGGACCCUGGAUGCAGUUGGGUUGAAUUGUAUAAUACAGUUCAUGUUUUUGUUGCUAGGGAGCUGCAGCACCCUGAGAUAGAGGACAUAUAUGCAGAAUUGAGAAGACUAAUUAAAAACAUGAAGGAUGAAGGCUAUCGUCCUGCUUCACGAUCACCAUGUCAUGAUUAUCUAGAAUCAGAAAUAAAAUUUCAGACUGAAGAAGCGUCGCAAUUGAUAGCAUCUGCUCUUUCUUGACCCUCAUGAAUCAAAUGAUUUCCCUAUGCUGGAUUCUAACAAGCGGAACGGGUAUAUAAUUAUAGCCACACCAUUCAAACUUUGGCUUUUAGUGCCAAGUCUUCAACCACAUAUUUACAUUAUUACUUGGGAUCAUCUAGAACAGCUGGAGCAUGGGCAGGUGUUGAAUUAUUCUGGUUGUAGAAUGUUGGCUUCACACAUUUGACAUGAUGAUAAUAGGAACAUUUGUUUUAAAUUUGCUUCUGGAGAUCUUAGAGCAUACACAAAUUUGUUUUUGUAAUUUAUUGAACAAUAUGGAUAAGGAAGUGCAUAGAUGAUUAAAUUUGUUUU